AUGGUUUCGCUCAGAACGUUGGCAACCGCUGACGCUCCCGCUGCCUACGCCGGUGCCGGGAUUCUCCAGAAAAUAGCAGGCUACAAGCCGGAACUUGUUGACGUUUCCAAGGUACUUGUCAUCGGUUCCGGUGGCUUGUCCAUUGGGCAGGCCGGUGAGUUCGAUUACUCGGGCUCGCAGGCCAUCAAGGCUUUGAGGGAAGCCAACAAGAAGUCCAUCUUGAUUAACCCAAACAUUGCAACCAACCAGACCUCGCACGCGCUUGCGGACGAAAUUUACUAUCUCCCUGUAACAGCGGAAUACAUCACCUACAUCAUUGAGCGCGAGAGGCCAGACGGGAUCUUGCUCACCUUUGGGGGCCAGACCGGGUUGAACGUGGGUGUGCAGUUGGAGAAAAUGGGAGUGUUUGAAAGGUUCGGUGUAAAAGUCUUGGGGACGCCAAUCAAAACUCUUGAAACUUCCGAGGAUCGUGACUUGUUCGCCAAGGCGUUGAACGAGAUUAACAUUCCGAUCGCCGAGUCCAUUGCUGUUGACACCGUUGAUGACGCCUUGAAGGCGGCGGAAACGGUUGGGUAUCCGGUCAUUGUUCGUUCUGCAUACUCCCUCGGGGGGCUUGGGUCCGGUUUUGCCGAAAAUGCUGAAGAGUUGAAAAACUUAUCCUCGCAGUCGCUUUCACUUGCGCCGCAGAUUUUGGUUGAAAAGUCCUUGAAGGGCUGGAAGGAGGUUGAGUACGAGGUUGUCCGCGACCGCGUGGGCAACUGUAUUACUGUUUGUAACAUGGAGAACUUUGAUCCGCUUGGUGUGCACACCGGUGACUCUAUCGUGGUAGCGCCUUCCCAGACGCUUUCGGACGAGGAGUACCACAUGCUCCGUUCCGCCGCUAUCAAGAUUAUCCGCCACUUGGGUGUCGUUGGUGAAUGUAACGUUCAGUACGCUUUACAACCAGAUGGCUUGGAUUACCGUGUGAUCGAAGUCAACGCCCGUCUUUCCCGUUCCUCUGCCCUUGCUUCCAAGGCUACCGGGUACCCGCUUGCCUACACCGCUGCGAAGAUUGCGCUCGGUCAUACCUUGCCUGAGUUGCCAAACCCUGUAACCAAGACCACUAGCGCCAACUUCGAACCAUCCUUGGACUACAUGGUCACCAAGAUCCCAAGAUGGGAUUUGUCCAAGUUCCAGCACGUGAAGCGCGAUAUCGGCUCCUCCAUGAAGUCGGUUGGUGAGGUCAUGGCUAUUGGCCGCACCUUCGAGGAGUCCUUCCAGAAGGCCAUUAGACAGGUUGACCCAAGCUACGUCGGUUUCCAAGGCGACACCUUUGAAAACUUGGACGAUGUUUUAGCCAACCCAACCGACAGAAGAUGGUUGGCGGUCGGUCAGGCGUUGUUGCACGAAAACUAUUCGGUUGAGAAAGUCCACCAGAUCUCCAAGAUCGACAAGUGGUUUCUCUACAAGUUGAUGAACAUCGUUGAGAUGCAGAGAGAGCUUGAAGCUUUCGCUUCCUUGAACGCCCUUACCCAGGAUGCCAUUUCCCGCGCCAAGAAGUUGGGGUUCUCCGAUAUCCAGAUCGCUAACGCGGUCAAGUCGACCGAAUUGGAGGUUCGUGCCUUGAGAAAGUCUUUUGGCAUUGUCCCAGUGGUCAAGAAGAUUGACACCUUGGCUGCUGAGUUCCCAGCCAACACCAACUACCUCUACACCACCUACAACGGGACAUCUUCCGACGUCGGGUUCAACGAAAACGGUACUAUGGUGCUCGGUUCGGGUGUCUACCGUAUCGGAUCCUCCGUCGAGUUCGAUUGGUGUGCCGUUUCCACCGCUCGUGCGCUCCGUGCCGCCGGUAAGAAGACGAUCAUGAUCAACUACAACCCAGAAACCGUGUCUACCGACUUUGACGAAGUUGACAGAUUGUACUUUGAAGAGCUUUCCUUCGAAAGAGUUAUGGAUAUCUAUGAGUUAGAACAUGCUGCUGGGGUUGUUGUCUCUGUUGGUGGUCAAUUGCCACAGAACAUUGCUCUUCCGUUGCAGAAUCAAGGCGCCGUGGUGCUCGGGACUAAUCCAGAAGACAUCGACAAGGCCGAAGACAGACAUAAGUUCUCUUCCAUCUUGGAUUCUCUUGACAUUGAUCAGCCAGCAUGGAAGGAGUUAACCUCUGUGGAUGAAGCCAGAAAGUUUGCCGAGCUGGUGGGCUUCCCGGUCUUGGUCAGACCGUCUUACGUUUUGUCUGGUGCCGCCAUGUCUGUAAUCAACAACGAGGGGGAAUUGGAAUCAAAGUUGUCCAAUGCCGCUAAGGUUUCUGCCGAUCACCCGGUGGUCAUUUCCAAGUUCAUCCAGGGGGCCCAGGAGAUUGAUAUCGACGGGGUGGCUGCCAAGGGUACCGUGUUGGUCCAUGCUGUGUCUGAGCAUGUUGAGAACGCUGGUAUCCACUCUGGUGAUGCUACCUUGGUGUUGCCUCCACAAAACUUGUCCCCAGAGCUCUUGCAGAGAUUGAAGACCAUCGCUGAUAAGGUUGCUUCUGCGUGGAAGAUUACCGGGCCGUUCAACAUGCAGAUCAUCAAGAACAACCAUAUUGCCCAGGAGGACGGGUCUGUUAAGACUGUGGGUGAUUCCGAGUGUCAGUUGAAGGUUAUCGAGUGUAACAUCCGUGCCUCGCGCUCCUUUCCAUUUGUGUCCAAGGUUUUGGGGAUCAACUUCAUCGACGUUGCUGUGAAGGCGUUGUUAGACACGGAUGUGCCUAAGCCGGUGGAUUUGAUGUCUGACAGAACCUACAAUUACGUGGCCACCAAGGUGCCACAGUUUUCCUUCACCAGAUUGGCUGGUGCCGAUCCGUUCUUGGGGGUUGAAAUGGCCUCCACUGGUGAAGUGGCCUGUUUUGGCAAAGACAUGAUCGAGGCCUACUGGACCUCCAUCCAGUCCACCAUGAACUUCCACGUACCAAUGCCUGGCUGCGGUGUGUUGUUUGGAGGUGAUUUAACCAAUGAUAAUCUCGGAAACGUUGCCAAGACCAUCUCUGGCUUGGGCUACAACUUCUACACCGCUAACGAGGGAGUCAAGCAGUACUUGGCAAGCUACACCGACCAACCAGUUGCGAUCAUCGACUUCCCUACCACCGACAAACGUGCCUUGAGAGAAAUUUUCCAGGCGAACGAUGUCAAGUGUGUGUUCAACUUGGCCGCUGCCAGAGCCGAGAGUUUGCUCGACCAGGACUACGUCAUGAGACGUAACGCCAUUGACUUUGCUAUUCCGUUGUUCAACGAGCCAAACACCUCCUUGUUAUUCGCUAAGGCGUUGCAGCAGAACAUCCAUACCAAGACUUUUGAUUAUGAAAACUUCGAUAACAUCCAGGUCCCAGUGGAAGUCAAGAGAUGGAGUGAGUUUAUCGGCGGCAAGCCGGUGUAA